ACCGCUGCCCCACCAUUCGCGAUGUCAUGCCACUGAGGAUCGGCUGGAUUACAAGAUGCUGGCGCUAGCUCCAAAUCGAGGCAAAACAUCUUCAAGCUCUAACAGCAAACAUGAACAACGCACUGCGCCUCGUGCGCAACGGUCCUCCACGGACGGCGGCCGCUUCCUCCUCGCAAUGGGCCUGUUUCUUCUGCCAGAAUGCGCGCCCGCGGACGGGCAGCAGCCGGCCCAACUUGGCCGAGUUGCGGCGCAAAUUCUCGAGCUCGCGGCCUCGGCGAGAGCAGCACCAGACGCAGACGCAGACGCAGCAGCAAGCACAACGGAAUGCGACCUAUGCGCCGUCCAUGGACAGGGUGCGCGAGCAGUACAGUCGGAGGAAUAAGACGAUAGCCUACUACACCCUCAGCAUCAUCAUGGGCACGCUCGCUCUGUCGUACGGCUCAGUGCCCAUGUACAAGAUGAUCUGCGCAACCACCGGCUGGGGUGGCCAGCCCAUCCGAGCCCACGACCAGUCCGGCGGCGAGGGCAAAGAGCUCGCGAGCCGCCUCGUCCCCGUGACAUCCGCGAACCGAAUCAAGGUCACCUUCAACGCCGCCGUGUCCGACAUCCUCCCCUGGAAGUUCGUCCCCCAGCAGCGCGAGGUCCGGGUGCUCCCCGGCGAGACCGCCCUGGCCUUCUACAAGGCGACCAAUCUGGGCGACCAGGACAUCAUUGGCGUGGCAACGUACAGCGUGACGCCCGCCCAGUGCGCCCCCUAUUUCAGCAAGAUCCAGUGCUUCUGCUUCGAGGAGCAGAGGUUGAAUGCCGGCGAGACGGUGGACAUGCCGGUGUUCUUCUACCUGGACCCUGACUUGCUCAACGACAUCAACAUGAAGGGCAUUGAGACUGUGACGCUCAACUACACGUUUUUCAAAGCGAGAUACGACAACAAUGGCAGAUUCAUGCCUCCUGCUACUCAGUCAUGAGCAUUUCAGGAGUCGCCUACGGGGCGGCUGAGCUUGCACGAUGCAGCCGAGCGUGGAUGUUGCGGUCUGUGUACGAUAUAUCAUAGAUGAACGACCAGGAUCUCGGAUGAUCUUUUGUACAGCAUAACCAAUGGCAAAAUGAAAUUCACCUCUUCAUUCACACCGUCCACAUUUUCCCCUGCAUCUCCUGAGCGUUCCUCCGCCUCU